AGAAACGAAAGAAAAACAUGCGAUUUUUGGUUUGAUUUGACAGUUUUUCUUACAUGAAAAUCACAUUAUGUUUCUGCUGCUUUUAUUUUUAUUUUUAAUAUUUUUGAUUAUCUCAUUUGAUACUAGUUUACACGCUAUCCCAAUGCCACGUGGCGCGAAACCUAAAGGAUUCAUGAUGGGUCUUGGUGUCUGUUUUUAAAUGAGAUUUUCGUUUUAUUCGGGAGCCGAUUUCAAUAAUUUAUUGACGAGCGAAAUGAGUAAUGUACAGAUUAAAUUUGUUCGAAAUUUUUCAAAAUGUGGAAACAAUGAAUAUUU